GACGCGCCCUGUCAAUCCCCGCGGGUCAACCCUCUCGUUGCUAAGGCGAAACUGGUGAUGAUGCUGCUGCUGCUGGUGAUACUGCACCCACCGUAGAGAGAGUCUGCAAACCAGCUUUGGCAAAAGAUGCCGUAAAGAUUGACCGAAAAAAUGACGGGAAAGGAGAUGAAGUUGUUCUUAACUGCCUUUCGGGACGUUUGACGAGGACCUUUGGGAUAUAUUUGCUCAGAUUGGUUUAAUUACAGAGGCAAUUGUGGAGCCAUGCGUUAUCGGAAAGCUGGAUGAAACUUGGAGGUGUUUUCCGACAGGCGUCGCACCGACAGGCUGCUGUUUCAUGGGGGGAGUAGUUAAAUCUGCCUUCUGUCUCUACCUUGAGGUCUGGAUUUGCCUGUAUGGUGAUGGUUCUGCUUGUUUCUUAAAGUGACGUGAAAGUGGAUUGCGCUUGUCGAACAGCAAGAUGAUCACGAAAGUCUCCAAUUUUAAUUCUCAGUUUUUUUCUGUUCAAGGAUCAGAAUCUAAAACAUAAAACACGUGAACUUCAUUCACCUUGUAACCUAUAGGACAAGUUGUUCUUAAAGAAAUGUUUACAAGCAUGCAUCAUUCAACUUACACAGGCUUGUGAGAUACCAGGAUGUCAUGUGUAUUUAUUCCUCGAACUGUUGCUGGAUCUCCAUAUUGGCAGUUUAAGGAUUUAAAAUAAUGAUUGACUGGAUCUAAUCCAAGACAAGCCAUGUACUGGAGAGCCUUUCUAAUUUGAUGCAUAUGGACCUUUGGGGCAAAAACUAGUGGUUAGAUUUAGUUUAGUUAGUCACUGCGCCUUUAAUGUUUGUCAGGACUGUAUGGGUUGUGUUAUGGACAGCGUGAUUGAAUUAUGUUUAUGUAGUUAAACACCAAAGGCAUGUAAGGAGUCGGUGGUUGCGCGAAUAUUCCAGCAAAAUAAUCCCCAGAGAGCUCAAUACCGAGAACAUAUUCAGACACUGGAGAGCAUUUCUUAUGGACUCGUAUACACCAAGGUGCACUCGAUCACUCUCCACUCUUUCUAUCGGAUUAUGGACUUAUUUCUCAUGAGCGACAAUCAUGCGCUCAGCAUGUGUUUUCCUCUGCAAGAUGUUUCGGCGCGUGUCUCUUCCUGUUUAAAUUGACAAUUACAAGCAACGACCCCGAGAGCUGCCGUUCUGUUCGCUUUUACAUCUACAUCAACGAACUGAGCAGGAACUUGCAGCUUUAGCAGGUGACACUUUCUCAAAGACACUGACAGCAGAUGAGGGCGAAACUUUUGUGUUGCUGUUUCCAUGCGUGACAAUCCCACGAGGACAUAAAGGAGUAAUUAUGCCCUUAAGAAAACGAGACACAGCCAGAGCAAUAAGCCUCCUGGAGGACUACUGCUCCAAACUGAAGAAACCAGAGGAACAACAGCUCAAAACUGCCAUCUUAAGAGUCAUGGGCAUUUUCAAAAGCAGUCUUUUCCAGGCUCUCAUAGAUAUCCAGGAGUUUUAUGAAGUGACCCUGCUGAACUCUCAGAAGAGCUGUGAGCAGAAGCUGGUGGAGGUGAAUCACAUGGCUGAGCAGUGGGAACACACUCCCACCAACUCAACCUCACCCACAGAGGGUCCGCAGCCAGCCUCCACACCGACAAAGCUGAGAGAAGAGAGUCACAUGGAGCUGACAGUAGAAGAGCCUGCUGCAGGAAGCACCAAUACAGAGAACAGGCCUCCAGCAGUACAGGGCUCCCAGCACCAAAGCAGCUCUCCAGCAUGUAUGAACCCAGCCCUGAUGAGCUCCCCCUGGUAUCGGUAUCAGGAUGAUGAUUCCCCUCCUCCAGAACACGGCUUCCCGCGACUCACCAAUGAAGUUCGAGCGCCGGAGCUGGUGCACGUAUCGGAGAAGAACCUUUCAGAAAUUGAGAAUGUGCAUGGCUAUGUUUCUCACUCUCACAUUUCACCACUUAAGCCGCUUCUCCCCCAGUCACAUAACAACCUCUAUCCUACAGACGUGAUUUCUCAGUGCAAACUCCUCUCACUUCCUGUUCCCCAAAGCAAGGCAAGUCCUGCCCCAAUUAUUGUCAACACGGACACUUUGGAAUCUGUACCAUACGUAAAUGGGACAGAAAUUGAAUAUGAAUUUGAAGAGAUUACAUUAGAGCGGGGUAACUCAGGGUUAGGGUUUAGUAUAGCAGGUGGUACAGAUAACCCUCACAUCGGCGAUGAUCCUGGGAUCUUCAUCACAAAGAUCAUCCCUGGAGGAGCGGCAGCUGAAGAUGGCAGACUCAGAGUGAAUGACUGCAUUUUGCGUGUAAACGACGCAGAUGUCUCGGAGGUGUCUCACAGUAAGGCGGUGGAGGCUCUGAAAGCGGCCGGAUCGAUUGUGAGGCUCUAUGUGCGCAGGAGGAGACCAAUGCUGGAAACCAUCACCGAAAUCAAACUCAUAAAAGGACCAAAAGGGCUUGGCUUCAGUAUUGCAGGUGGUGUGGGAAACCAGCACAUCCCGGGUGAUAACAGCAUUUAUGUCACUAAAAUCAUUGAUGGGGGAGCUGCGCAGAAGGAUGGACGGUUACAAGUUGGAGACAGACUGCUUAUGGUGAAUAACUACACUCUAGAAGAGGUGACCCAUGAAGAAGCAGUGGCCAUAUUGAAGAACACGUCAGAUGUGGUAUACCUAAAGGUUGGGAAACCCACUAGUGUCUAUCUCUCAGACCCCUAUGGGCCGCCUGAUAUCACACACUCAUUCUCACCCGCUAUGGAAAAUCAUAUCUCUUCCCCCGGUAAUAAUGGCACUCUGGAAUAUAAGUCCAGUCUUCCGCCCAUCUCCCCCAGCCGAUAUUCCCCCCUGCCCAAGCACUUGCUGGGGGAAGAGGACAUUAACAGGUUGGAUGGUUUUUCCUUCCUACGAAAUCCCUCGUUAGAGGAGAUGGAAGGUCACAGGUUUGAUUCCCAGCACUUCCAGUUGAGGCCUCCAGAGCCAGUUUACAGCACUGUGAACAAACUGAGUGACCGCGCCCCCUCUCCCCGUCUCUACUCCCCCGUGGAGUUUGAUAAAAGCCCCAUGCACUCAAUCCCCCACUUCCCUCACUAUCACGCAGGCCUGCUCCCUGACUUCGAGAUCACCAGGGAGCCCAGGAAGAUCGUUCUGCACAAGGGCUCGACUGGACUGGGCUUCAACAUCGUAGGAGGAGAAGAUGGAGAAGGCAUUUUCGUUUCUUUCAUACUUGCAGGAGGGCCCGCAGACCUCAGCGGAGAGCUGCGGAGAGGAGACCAGAUCCUAUCCGUUAAUGGAAUCGAUCUGCGAGGUGCCACUCACGAACAAGCUGCAGCUGCGCUGAAAGGAGCGGGCCAGACGGUAACCAUCAUCGCCCAAUACCGGCCCGAGGAACUUGCCCUGUGCUCCCCACGCCGGGCCACGCCUCCAACUGCAGAAUACGGGCGUUUCGAGGCCAAGAUUCAUGACUUACGAGAGCAGAUGAUGAACCACAGCAUGAGUUCUGGAUCCGGAUCCCUCAGAACCAAUCAAAAACGCUCACUCUAUGUCAGGGCUCUGUUUGACUAUGAGAGGGCAAAAGAUAGUGGUCUGCCCAGUCAGGGGCUCAGUUUCCGAUAUGGAGACAUCCUCCAUGUCAUCAAUGCAUCUGAUGAUGAGUGGUGGCAGGCCAGGAGAGUGACGCCUGAAGGGGACAGUGAGGAGAUGGGCGUCAUCCCCAGCAAGAGGAGGGUGGAGAGAAAAGAGAGAGCUCGUCUGAAGACGGUUAAAUUCAAUGCAAAACCCGGUAGCCUCGAUUCUAAAGGGUCAUUCAGUGAAAAACGUAGAAAGAACUUCAUCUUUUCACGCAAGUUCCCUUUCUACAAGAACAAGGACGCCGACGAGCAAGACGGCAGUGACUCGGAACGGAGUCAAGAGGAACUGAUCCUCUCGUAUGAGCCCGUCAUCAGACAAGAGAUUAAUUAUGCCAGACCGGUUAUAAUCUUGGGGCCUAUGAAGGACAGAAUCAAUGAUGACCUCAUCUCCGAGUUCCCGGACAAGUUUGGGUCAUGUGUGCCACCGGCUAACAGUUCUGGUCAAGAAGAUACUACCAGACCAAAGCGGGAUUAUGAAGUUGACGGGAGAGAUUAUCACUUUGUGAUUUCACGAGAGCAGAUGGAGAAAGACAUCCAAGAGCACAAGUUCAUCGAGGCUGGACAGUACAAUGACAAUCUGUACGGAACCAGUGUCCAGUCUGUCAAAUACGUGGCUGAGAGGGGAAAACACUGCAUACUUGACGUGUCUGGGAAUGCUAUAAAACGACUACAAGUAGCACAACUCUACCCUAUUGCCAUCUUUAUAAAGCCUAGAUCCAUCGAGUCCUUAAUGGAGAUGAAUAAGAGAUUGACAGAGGAACAGGCCAAAAAGACGUACGACCGUGCUAUGAAACUGGAGCAGGAGUUUGGCGAGUAUUUCACAGCGCUGGUUCAAGGGGACACACUAGAGGACAUUUAUAGCCAGUGUAAGAUGGUGAUAGAGGAACAGUCUGGACCUUACAUCUGGAUUCCCUCAAAAGAAAAACUAUAAA